GUGCAUGGUUGCCUCGUGUUCUCCUGCCAUCAUACAUAUAUUCUGAAGUCAGCUGGUAGCCAACAUCCAUCGUCAUCGCCUGCGAUGCCUUUCGAUAUGUUUAAGCUGUUUCGAAACCGGAGUCACCGCGGGGAAGUCCUAGCGUUGGAAGAUAAUGAUGGUGAACGAGGUCGACGAUACCUUUUGAAAAGGUCCAGCAAGAUUUUUACCCCAUUGCCAUCUCGUGCCCCGACGGACCCGGAGGAGGAGUAUCGAGAUGGGUAUGUACAAGUUCAUAGCCCAUCCACGGUAAUGGGCGGAACCCUCAAUGCUCGACCAACAACACUAGAAGACCCCCCCAUGUUGCCUUCACCACGCGACCUCUCCCAUAGGUUGGAAUACCCAAGGCUGCCUCAUGACGACAUUCCGUAUGCAGAGACAUAUCACGAGGGGAUCACUCAACGAGGGAAUCCCGACGAUCCUAUCAGGAGUAUGUCCACGACGUCAAGCGACCGUACUCUCGGAUACCACCGACCGAGAGCCUCGGAAUACCCAGGGACAAGGAUUGUAAGCAAAUGGCAUCUGCAAGAAGUUGCCCCAGCCAAUAUCUACGGUAGUCGUCACUAUGAUGCUCACCCCGAGGCUCGUGGUAUCCAUCUCGCGGAGAGUUACCAGCGCGGGCAUGCUCGGAAUCAUCCUAAAGGACGUCCUCCGAUUUGCUACAUUGUUCCUGGUGGAAUGAAUGUCGUAUUUCAAGAUGAGCGAGGACGUGAACUAACUAGAGUUGGGGAUUCCAGUGGGCGGCGAAGGCCUGCGCCUCCCGCGCCAUUCAUCGUGCAAGACCCGAAGUGGGCGAGAAUUAUACAGGUAAAGGAGUACGAUGGCAGUCCAAAUCGAGAUCCUAAAGUAUUACAAAUUCACAUGGGCCCCACUCGGUAUCCUUUUAUUCUUUCCUCAGUUCCUUCGUCUCGUUCUCACAUAUCCGAUAUCAACAGCCGCGGGAGAAGCUAUUCUUCUCCGACGUAUCACUUGGAGUCGUACAAAGGGUAUAAUGACCCUCGGUAUGACCCUCGGCAUAGCGCAGAUCGCAGAGGCUAUGGAAGAUACGAGGGUUACGAGAACCACAGGAAUCACCUCAGCCGCAGAGCUCACAGGGACCCAAGGGAAUACGAUGAUCAUAGAGAUCGUGGAGACUACAGAAGGCAUGGUGACUACAGUAGGCACGUGGUCCACGAAAUACCCCGUAACCACGGAGAGCAUGAGGACCAUCGGGACUAUGAAGCCUAUAGUAGUCAUGACCGGCCCGAGCUUGACUCUCCUGUAGCACCGCAGGGGUUUCAUAGAACACACAGCCAUUCUAGCCAUCGGCCUUUUGGGGGGGGGCACGAAGAUUUAAUGGAGUAAGUGGCCCUUUUAGACGUCAACUUGUGCGCUUAUUUCUUUAGGCCCCCUAUCGACGACAGGAGGUCUGUAGCGACCAGAGUCCACGAGGGAUCGGUUCACGGUAGUACGCAUCCGGAACCGUUCGACGAAGAGAUCACCGAUAGGCUGGAUUCUCUCCAUAUGACUUGAUGUUACGAUGCUAUCCUUCCUGGUUGAACCUAGGGUUACAUAUGUUGAAGUUUCCUGAUUCAACCACGUUUCCGCUUUUUAUCCGGUCCAGUUACAGUGCUGAUUUCCUCUCUGCUGAGCUU